UAUCUCAUCGGGGCAACGUUCAUUGUUGGAAGAACGUCGAAGCGAGAGUAUUCACGUUGCUUCCUUCCUAUCGUCGAAUUCGCGCACCGUUUCACGGAUAGAAAGGUACUCAGGAGGUCAUUCAGGUUUACGUCGAUAAUAUCCUUCCGCACCAAAGAUGUUGUUCUACGGAGUAUUAAUUGGUCUCUUGGUAACUGCCUCUGCACAAUAUUGUUAUCAAUCUACUUCAGAUGCUUGCUCCUCCAAUCCCGUAAAAAAUCCUGUUGAGUGUACUGCCAAGUUCGGAAAGAUUAAUGAUCUUUUACCUGAUCUACAAUCAUAUGCAAUGAGUAGUAUCGACAAAAGUUACGAAUUCUUAUUGAUGUCCUCUCAUUUCGGUAGCUAUGAAACUAAUCGAGAAGGAUUUAAGAAAUUGUACCGAAAAUUGUCAGACAAAACAUGGGAACAUGCGAUAAAUAUGAUCAAAUAUAUUGCGCAGCGUGGUGGCACAAUGAAUUUCAUGGAACCACCGAGACUAAGCAAUCCCGACGACUUGAAUGACAACAGCUCAAAUGGCAAAGUAUUUGAACUGAUUGAACUGGAUAGUUUGGCCAAAGCACUUGAUAGUGAGAAGCAACUUGUCAAUAAAGCAUUGUAUAUCCAUAAAGAAGCUCAGCAUCAAGUAAACAAAAUGGAUGCAGGUGUCGCUCAUUAUAUCGAAGAGCAUCUCAUAGAACCAUUGUCCGAAAGCGUGAGACAGUUAGCAGGCUACUCAAAUGACUUGAAGAAUAUGCUUACAGUACAUGAACAUAACGAUGCAAGAGGCGUUGCUGUAUUCUUGUUUGAUGAAUAUCUUUCUAAGUCUUUGUAAAAAACCUCGAAUUUAUAUGUUAUAUAUUUAAAAAUUACAUUUAUUAUUUUCUUCUA